AUGGCCCGAAAGAAGAGUGCUGCCAAAAAGGCCCGAGAGGCUGAGACCAAGGGAGUCGACGCUCCCAAGGCCGAGGCGUCCUUCGAGCCCAAAAAGAAGCAAGCUAAGAUCACUCCUAUGGACUCAGACUCGGAAGGGUCUGAUGAAGAGGAGGAGGCUGCCUUCACCAUUAACGAGGACUACGCCCGACGAUUUCAGUACAACAAGGAGCGAGAAGAGAAGGUGCGUCUUGAAUUGAUGCACAAAAACGGUGAAUUUGACGACAAGAACAGCGACGACGAUGAGAGUGAUUCUACCUCUGAAGAUGAGGAUGACAACGCCGAUCUUGCCACUGAGGAGGUUGAUGCUGCUAUCGCCAAUGUGAUUGCUACGAUCAGAAACAACCCCGGCAAGCUGCUGGAGAAGAAUGUCAAGUUCUUUGACGAGAUCAAGGAGGGAGAGAUACCCACUGCCAAGAAAGAGAAGCCCAUGUACCUGAAGGACUAUCAUCGACAAACCAUUCUGGACGGUGGUCUGACUGCUGAGGGCGAGUUCCCCGAAGGCGAGAAGCCCUAUGCCAUUCAGCAAGAGGAGGACCGAGCCAAGCUAAUCUCUGAGAUGCAUGCUGACAACGAUGAUGAGGAGGAUGAGGACGAAGAUGGGGAAGAUGGGUUCCUGACCAAGCGAAAGGAGCAGCGUGAGAUUGAGGAGGUCGAGCUGCCUGAUCCCGAGAAGGACGGUGACGGUUUCCUUGACAAGUUUGUUUCUUCCAAGGCCUGGAUGACUAAGGACGACAACCCCACCUAUAACGAGUUGGUUGAGGAUGAGGAGGACGAGUUUGACGAGAAGGCCGACGAGUUCGAGCAGGAAUACAACUUCCGAUUCCAGGAGGAGGACGGAAAGGAAAUCAUUUCCUACGGUCGAAACCAGGACACUGUGCGACGAACUGCCGAAAACUCGCGAAAGCGACAGCGAGAGAGCAAGGCCGAGCGAAAGGCCGAGGAGAAGCGAGAGCGAGAGGCUGACAAGGCACGGUUCAAGAAGCUCAUGGUCAAGGACGUGGUCAAGAAAAUGGAGGCUCUCAAGAAGCACAUUGGAGAUGACGCGUCCAAGUUCACCGCUGAGGACUUUGAGGGUGACUUUGACGAUACUGAGUGGGACCGAAGGAUGCAGCAGGUAUUCAACGACGAGUUCUAUGGAGAUGACGAUGCCAAGCCUACCUGGGACGAUGAUAUUGACAUGGGUGGAAUUGAAGUUGAGGAGAGUGACGAUGAUGAUGAGGAGGAGGAGGAGACCGAGGAGAAGACUCCUGCUCUUUCCAACCGAAAGCAGAAGCAGCUCGAGAAGCAACAGAAAAAGAAGGAGGCCAAGGAGAUUCUCGAGAAGGCAACAGCCUUCGUUGAGGAGAACGUGGAUCUUGCUAUUGAGAAGGAAGAGGCUCGAGGCCGAAAGCCUGUACGAGAGGAUAGCGAGGCCCCCAAAUUCAGAUACCGAGAGGUGUCUCCUGAGUCUUACGGUCUUACAGCUAACGAUAUUCUCAUGGCUGAUGAUAAGCAGCUCAACGAGUACGUUGGUCUCAAGAAGCUUGCAUCCUGGCGAGGCGCCGAGAAGAAGGCCAAGGACCAGCGUAAGUACGGCAAGAAAAAGCGUCUUAAGGACUGGCGAGAGCAGGUGUUUAAGAAGCGAGAUGCUCCUACUGACGACGAGAUCAUGGCCGCUCUUCAGAAGCAACAAAAGGGAAAGCGAAGAAAGUAG